AUGAAGGAGGAAAAAAUAACAUCCUCAUCGGUGUGCGAUAGUUGGGUGCAAAAUUUAACCAACGAGGAUCUGCCCGACUGUGUGAUGCGAUCACUCCAGCUCGGCAGCGGGUUUAAUUGUCCAGAUCCACACGCAGUGCCAUAUGUGAUGAUUUUAUCUGAAAUCGAAAGUGUGAUACAAUACCACACACAAGCACAAACAAUUCGAUUCGAUAUCUCGAAUGCUGUUACCAAUCACAUCAACUACACCAACCAGUCUUUCCAUGAUGAUUAUGAAUGGAUUCGCAAGGAAAUGAAUGAUGCGAGGAAAUUCCUGAAAGAUCGCCCUGAUCUGAUAGUAACAAAAGCUGACAAAGGUAAGCAGAUUGUCGUCAUGAAAACCGAAGAUUAUAAAUCGAAAAUAAAUGAUCUCGUAAAUGACUCCGAAACUUAUAUUGAAUUACCGAAGGAUCCGACAGCUAAAACACUAAAACGGAUAAACGCCUUGAUCGAUAAUUGGGUCAGUAAUAAGUAUAUCGAACAACCCGUCGGGAGGAAACUGAAACUGUUUCACUGCAACCCUCCCAGAGCUUACGGUCUUCCUAAGACCCACAAGGAAGGGGUCCCGCUUCGGUUGAUCGUCUCAACGAUUGGGACAGCGACAUAUCGGAUGGCAAAAUUUCUGGCGAGCAUUUUGAACGGAAUCGUGGGCAAAUCGAAAUAUCAUGUGAACAACAGCUUCCAGUUCGCAGAAGAAGUACGCGAAAUUGCCCCUCCAUUGGAAACAGUUUUGUUUUCACUGGACGUUGUGUCGUUGUUCACAAAUGUCCCAGUGGAUUUUGCUAUUGAGUCGGUGGAUUUGCGUUGGACAGAGGUAGCUGAACACACGGAUAUCGAGAAGGAGAGUUUCAUUGAGAUGCUGAAAAUAGUUUUAGAAUCAAACUUUUUUCAACUCAAUGGAAAAAUUUUUGCACAAAAAUUCGGUGUGCCGAUGGGUAGCCCGUUAAGUCCGGUGAUAGCAUCAAUUGCACUGGAGAGGAUCGAAAAUGCUGCGCUAGACACCUUACUCGAACAAGGUAUCGCCCCGGUACUCUACAAGAGAUACGUGGAUGAUUGUCUCGUGUGCGCAAAGGUGAACGAGCAGCAGCCCAUAAUGGAAGUGUUCAAUAGUAUGCAUCAACGAUUAAAGUUUACGAUUGAACACGAAACGGAUGGCAGAAUCAAAUUUCUGGAUAUGAUCGUUCGACGGGAACAGCAAAGUUUUACAACAGAGUGGUUUCCGAAGGACGAGAAAGGCCGAUAUUUGGAUUUUGGAUCUUUUCCUACAAUCGUCGCGACACUUGAUGAAGAAGGCCAGCACAACAACAUCUGGGUUCGACAUCGAGCGACAACACCGCUAGGUUCCGCUAGAGCGGAAGCAACAACAACCAUCACACGUUCGCCCAAAACAUCUCCGAAUCGAGCCUGA